AUGUCGUCAGAAAUAGCCCUCCCAGAUGUUAAUCCUCUUGAUCAGGAAAUUGCGACUCUAAAGGAGCAAGUCGCUUCUUUGCGCAAGUCGCUCAAGAUCGAAACUUCCACAAUCCUCGCCUCUUCCUCGACUAGGAGUCUUCUUAAACCAUCUAGCAGUCUCCUCUCGUCUCGGAACACUACCCCCUCUCGCGCAAAGCUCCUCAGCGAAGCCGACAAGCAAAAGGCUUACAAUCAACAAUGUCUCUAUCGCAUAUGCAGCUCCGUUACCUCCUUCAAGGUCCACGACCCUGAUCCCAAUGCGGUUGAUGGCGGCCACGUCCUCGGUUUGCGCUUCGAAGUCAUGUCCAAGGGCCAGUUCCUGCGACCCUACUACGUCAUGCUCAACAGACCGUACUUCAACUCCAAAAACCUGCGCAUUCACCGCCACACCCUCCCUCCCUCGAUACCACUCUCCGGUCUAGCCACCCGUCACCUUCCAGCGCCGCGACCCGAGAGCGACAAUCCUCCAAAGCAGGAUCUAGACCGUUUCGUGAGGACACUCAGAAGAGAGAUUGUGCGGUACCAUAACCGACUCGGUGUAUCAGCCGAUUUAAGACGAAGCCUCGGCCUACACGACAAGACGGCCGAGGAUAUUAUGCCAGACGAUAUUGUCGAGGUCGGCAUUGCCGAUAUCGAAGCCAAGCAGAUCCGCUUUUCCUGGGCCGACGACCGCAGCGGUAGAGUCGUGAUGGACGAUGAUGGCAGGGUGGUCAAGCUUAUCAUGUUUGGCAGAGAAGGUCGUGAUUGGGAAACGACCAAGGAGCUGUAUGGCAAGUAUGAUCGUAUCGAGGAUGUCACCAGGCAGCUACAAGAGUAUGUCAAUGGUUGA